GCCAGCCCAGCGCCAAGGUAUAAAAGGACUGGCCGGAGAGACGACCACCAGCCACUGACCCGCAUCCAGCACUCCCGCACCAUGGCCGGCCCCAGCCUCGCCUGCUGCCUGCUCGGCCUCCUGGCGCUGACCUCGGCCUGCUACAUCCAGAACUGCCCUCUGGGCGGCAAGAGGGCCGCGCUGGACCGCGACGUGCGCAAGUGCCUCCCCUGCGGCCCCGCGGGCAAGGGCCGCUGCUUCGGGCCCAGCAUCUGCUGCGCCGACGAGCUGGGCUGCUUCGUGGGCACCGCCGAGGCGCUGCGCUGCCAGGAGGAGAACUUCCUGCCUUCGCCCUGCCAGUCGGGCCAGAAGCCGUGCGGGAGCGGGGGCCGCUGUGCCGCCGCCGGCGUCUGCUGCAGCGCCGACGGCUGCCGCACCGAUCCCACCUGCGACCCCGAGGCCGCCUUCUCCGAGCGCUGAGCACAGAAGGCCCCGACCCCUCGGAUCGCACCCCUCAGCCACUCCCAGGAAUAAUAAAAAUAAAAUAAAGCAGAUUUUCUCCCUUCAA